CAGCCCAGCCACUUCCUGUGCAGCCUCGUUGCAAUAGGAGCAGCAGCAGCAAGCUGCCAGCAGCCACCACAGGAGGGGUUGUCGGGGGUGUGUGUGAGUGAGCGGCUAGUCCGGUCUCCCAGGCGCUGAGCAGCACCCAACACAUCCUGGAGCGAAACCCACUCCUCCCUUCGCCACUCCCGCAGAACUCACUUAGCCAUGGGGCAGAACGAUCUGAUGAGCACCGCAGAGGAUUUUGCAGACCAGUUCUUGCGAGUGACAAAACAGUACCUCCCGCACGUGGCCCGCCUCUGCUUGAUCAGCACGUUCCUUGAAGAUGGCAUCCGCAUGUGGUUCCAGUGGAGCGAGCAGAGGGACUACAUUGAUGCCACAUGGAACUGUGGGUACUUCCUGGCCUCCAUCUUUGUCUUCAUUAAUCUUUUUGGACAGCUAAGUGGCUGCAUCCUAGUGCUGAGUAGGAACUUUGUUCAGUAUGCCUGCUUUGGAUUAUUUGGCAUUAUAGCACUACAGACAAUUGCGUACAGCAUUUUAUGGGAUCUGAAGUUUUUGAUGAGGAACCUUGCUCUGGGGGGCGGUCUGCUGCUGCUGCUGGCUGAAUCACGGUCAGAGGGGAAGAGCAUGUUCGCUGGAGUCCCCACCAUGCGGGAAAGUUCCCCUAAGCAGUACAUGCAGCUGGGUGGACGAGUGCUGCUAGUCCUCAUGUUUAUGACGCUGCUGCAUUUUGACGCUAGCUUCUUUUCGAUCCUCCAGAACAUCGUGGGCACAGCCUUGAUCAUCCUUGUGGCUGUUGGCUUCAAGACAAAACUGGCCGCCUUGACCUUGGUCAUCUGGCUCUUUGCCAUCAACAUCUACUUCAAUGCCUUCUGGACCAUCCCAGUCUACAAACCCAUGCACGACUUCCUCAAGUACGACUUCUUCCAGACCAUGUCCGUCAUUGGAGGCCUCCUGCUGGUGGUGGCCCUUGGGCCUGGUGGCGUCUCUAUGGAUGAGAAGAAAAAAGAAUGGUAGAAAUAGGAGGGGCAGGGAAAACGCAUCAUCUCGGAGUCUGGGGACUGACUUUUUCAACAUGGGUUCCGUGGGGGAAUAAAACCAAACUGCCAGCAUCUUAUGUAUGUGCCCAACAAUCCCUUCUUAAAAGGCACACCUCUAUUAUUAUUAUUAUUUUUCGAAUUCAUGACCGCACUGAUAAUCUGAUAACUAGAGCAUUCUUCAUCAAGGAAUGUUUUUGUUUGUUUGUUUUUUGCCUCGAAACACUGUUCUGCUUUCUUUUGUAAUCUCCAAAAAUUGAAACCUAUAGAAGCUGGCUUUCCAAGCACCAUGUGGGCACUGUAUUUGCCGCCUUUUAGUUUCCUUAAUGGUUUUUUAAGACACAUUUUUUUAAAAAAACAAAACAAAAACUACUGUGAUCCGAUAUCCCUGUUUGUAUACUUUUGGUGUCAAGGUGUUCCCCACUUCUUCUUUUUUGCAUUCUUGUUGUAAUUAAAGAAGUCGCCUCCCAGAUUGAGCCCUGACCAUCUGAACGAUAGAUCUAGCACACCUUUUGUACUAUGGGAAAGGGAUUUUUCUGCUUUGAAACAAGCCAGCCCACCACAGUAUUAAAACAGCUAGAGAGAGGACCAUCCCUUGAAACAGAGGCAGGAGGAAAUAUGUGCAGCAGCUGGGUCCCUCCUAGCAAAAAGCUUAUCCACUGCUAUGUUGUAGCAAAAAGAAGUGGGGGGGGGCAGGUGUUUGGGUUUCAUGAAAAAUUCUUUCAGGCGGGUCAAUCAGAACAAAGUCCCAUGGCAAUUCAGAUUUCUCAAAUCCAUCUUCACCUUGUUACUUUGCUGGAAAUUUGCAUACAUUAUAAAUUUUGGAGCAGUGCCAAAAUUCACUGACCACUGUCCAUGCUUGGCAGGGGGAGAUGUGAGUUAGGUGUCUAUUAAGAUAUGGAGAACAGUAGGUUCCCUAUGACUAUAUUACGUCACAAACAGGGCAGAUAGCUGUUGGUAUCUAGUAUCCAGAGGUAAAAUGCUUCUGUCUGUGAAGGUUCUCUCACAGCAAAUGGCAACAAAUUGGAAUCUAGAUGUUCUUGCCUUAUUUUGUGGAACUGAUUUCCACCAAAUUAUUUAUAGGUUUGGUGAAAAGCUUCCAUUUUAUGUAGCCCUCAUCUACCCACAGCCUCCUUUGUGGGUGAGACGAACCGUCUAUGUUUAGGGUUUUUCUGUGAAGGGCUAUGGCAGUGCGAAUGAAGAUCCAGCUAGCUUCUCUGUGCUAAAACCUCAAAAUCCUUUGAAGAAAGGUCCUUGUCAAAUUUUUCAUCUUUCCCAGUAGAUUUCUUCCAUACACCCACCAAUAAAUAUAUUUUGCAAUACCCCAGAAUUUGCACCUGGAAUAAUAAUAAUAAUAAUAAUAAUAAUAAUAAUAAUAAUAAUAAUAAUAAAGAGGUCAAGCUUUUUUUAAAAGGCAGAAGCUUAGCAUUUGCCCAUCUGUCCAAGGGGGAGUUAAUGGACAUGUGUUCCAGAGGAAACUCUCUAAUGCACCACCAUUAUUUUGGCUGGUUGUGGAAGAUACAAAAUGAAAAGUAAGGGAACCUCCUGGUUUAAAUCUGCAGAGUCUUCCUGCUUUCACCUUCACUUCUUCAGAAGAGGAACAGCAAAGCUCUCCCACAUAUGACAAGCCUCCUUGUUCAGGCCAAUGGCCCAUCUAGUCCAGCAUCCUGUUCUCGGUGACCAACUGGAAUCCAUUUGGGGGUGGGAAAUCUUGGUUGUACAAGUAUCCAUGGCUGAAACCAGGAGGAAAUCUGUAGAGAUCUAACUGAUGAGGAACUUGUGGGCCUGGCUCUGGUCAUUAAGACUACAAAUUGGCCAUGCAGGGUUGGUGUUGGAGUGCGGCAGCAACUGGAGGACCGCAGACUAUCGCCAUCCAUGAUAAAGACUAGAGCAGCCUAUUCUUUAUUAACAGACACUGCCCAGAUCCCCCACAACCCUGGAGCCUGCCCCAGAUACCUUGAGAUUAACAAGAAAAGGGCAAUUUCUGAGUGAAGGGAGUACUGUAAGCCAGCAACAAUCUUCAAAGCAAGAUUGAAAGGGAUCUUGCAACAAGGACCAUUCUGUAUUCAGUGAUGUCUAGUUCAGAUGAUGCAUUCCUAGUCCAACAAACUGUCUGCUGGAUCAGGGAUGGAUUGGGAGAGCGCCUUCCUCCUCUCACACACCUCGAAGGCUGAAAUUCUAACUCCCACUAACCUGGUAAUAAGCCCGGUGAAUUCAUUAGGACUUCCCGCUAAGUUAGCAUUGUGCUGUAAGCCCUGAUUCAUAUGUUAGAGCAGGCACCCCCAAACUUGGGCCCUCCAGAUGUUUUGGACUACAAUUCCCAUCAUCCCUGACCACUGGUCCUGUUAGCUAGGGAUCAUGGGAGUUGUGGGCCAAAACAUCUGGAGGGCUGCAGUUUGGGGAUGCCUGUCUUAGAGCCUGGAAGGUGCAGAUUAGGUUAGAAUCCCCAAAGAUCAAAUUCCGUUGUUUUUAAAUGCAAUAACGUGCAAAUAUCAAACUCUAAUAAUCAGGCCUGUAGCUGCUUCUUUGGCAAUCACUCGCAGCCAAGUAAGAUUGUAUUCUAUAAAAGAGUCUGUAAGUGACUGUGGAGGCGAAUUCUGGAUCCACCUGUCCGUCCACAGUGGGGACAUAGGUUUCCGGGUGGGAGGUGAUCAUGUGUUUGCCAAGUGUGCCUUCCUCUUCGCACGUUUCUCCCUUGUGUCCUGAGUUCGAGUGUCUUCAAAGCCCAUGACACCUUUGGUAAAGGCUGUUCUCCAACUGGAGCACUCACGGGCCAGUGUUUCCUCCCCCACAGGUGACCAGGUAGGGAACUGUUAGCAAUUUUGGCACUUUAAAAAACAAACAGCAAAUGCAGGCAAACAUGUCAGGAAAAACAUUGUGAACUAGAAACUUCGAAGGUUCGUACAAGCUUACAUAAAUCAAAGUACGAUAGCAUUGUUUCUUCCAACCCCCCCCCAAGAUCAGAAUUAGGCCUAAAGCAAAAUACUGUACACAUCCUUCCAGACAAAAACCCAGACUUCUUUUUCCAGCCUCCUUGCCACACUCAAUCUGUGCUUAUGGUAUAAGAAACAUCUACUUCCCACUGAUGUCUCCCAAAGCUUUGAAUGUUUCUGGAAGAGAAAAAACAAUUCCAUGUGUAGAAAUUUGUCUUUAAACAAAACAAGAGCUGCUA